UUUACCUCUACGUGCGGGUACAAUGUGCAUAGCGCGCGUCACAAGAGCAGUGCGUUCCAGAUAUUACUAAGUGAGUAUCUCUCCGAGUAUCACAUUGUGGUUUUGCUGAGGUUGGGGUUUGCAGGCGUGACAAUAGCAACUGUGAAUGUGGCCCAAUACUACUCGGUAGCGAGAUACCCUCAUCAUUCACUGUCCAAUACCAACAAUGCUUAAUACAAUACACGUUUCCC